AUGACAGACUCCAGCGAUGUGGCAACGUCGCUCAAGAUCAACAUCAAAGGUCCUUCGGAUUUGAAGCUCGCCAUUGAGAUCACUUCUGACCAGACGGUGCGACAACUCAAGGAGGCCAUCGAAAAGCAGAAGCCCGACGUCCCCGCCGAUGCUCAGAGGCUCAUCUACGCAGGCAAGGUGCUCAAGGACGAAGAGGCACUUUCGGUCUACAAGGUCAAGGAUGGCAACACCAUUCAUAUGGUCAAGUCAGCCGCUCGAUCCGCGCCUACUACAGGGAACCCAUCCGUACCAGGUACUGCACCAGCAGCAAGUAGCGCUUCCACCAAUGCUGCGUCGUCCCAAGCGCAAGGUGUGCCUUCCAACUUCUCGGCCGGCCAGAACUUCACCAACAAUCCCCUCUCGGCAUUGAAUCGCGCAGACUAUGCCGGUCCACACAUGGCGCGACUGCUCAAUGAGAGUGGCGGAGCGUUUGGAGGCAUGGGCGUCAAUCCACGCGAUCCUAACAUGAUGAUGGGCUUGAUGCAGAAUCCCGAAGUGCAGCGCCAGAUGCGCGACAUGAUGUCACGUCCCGAAUUCAUCGAUCAAAUGAUCGCGAUGAACCCUCAGCUGCAAGGUAUGGCGCCACAGAUGCGCCAGAUGAUGCAGUCUGAACAGUUCCGCGAGAUGAUCACCAACCCUGAGACCAUGCAAAGGAUGGCGCAGAUGUCACAGCUGAUGGAAAGCGCUGGAAUGGGUGGUCUUGGAGGUCUCGGAGGUCUGGGCGGUCUUGGUGGCCUUGGUGCUGGUAGCGGCGCAAACAACGGUGGCGGUGGACAGUGGCCGCCUCCCGGUGCAUUUGGCGAGCCUGGCAACGGUGCAAGCAACGACAACAGCAAUCGAGGCUUGUUCGCGGGUGUCGGAAAUAACAACACGAACGCACAGGGCAACACUGGCUCUGAUGCUUCGAGCGGACAGGCGCCGCCGAAUCCAUUCACGGAUCCCUCUUUCCUGCAGCAGAUGUUUGGCGGAGCAGGAGGUGCUGGCGGAUUCGGUGGACUUGGUGCACUCGGAGGGCUUGGAGGACUCGGAGGACUUGGCGGAGGAGCUGCCGCAUCGCGCGACACGAGACCCCCUGAGGAGCGCUUUUCGUCGCAGCUAGAACAGAUGCAGGCGAUGGGCUUUUAUGAUGGCCAGGCCAACGUCAGGGCACUGUUGAUGGCAGGCGGAAGCGUAGAGGGUGCCAUCGGGAUCCUGCUGGACAACCCGAACCCACCUGCACCCGGCAAUUAG